AUGAUAUGUAUCAAUGGUGAUCAUAAUCAUCCUUUCAAUCCAGAUCAACUAGAAGCUAAACUAUUACGAGAUAAAAUGAAGGAACGUAUAAUAAGUGAAACAACAUCAAUUACGAGGAUAUAUGAUGAAGAAGUAGCUAAAGCAAAUCUAUCCAAAGGUGCAGUAGCAGUUUUACCAACUGUAGUUGAAUAUAGGUCUAACACGAGUAAAGCACGACGAAAAAAUACACCUGUAAUACCAUCAUCUGAAAUAUUCGAAAUUCCAGAACUAUAUCAACAAACAUUAUCACACAAACGAUUUUUACUUGCAGAUGUAUGUUUAAAACGUGGAAAAAAUCGAUUACCAGCUGCAUCUUGUCUUUUGCCAAACAAGCGUGGUAAAACAUAUACAACAUUAUUUGAACUACUAAAAGAUCAAGCAACUGCUAUGGGAAAACAAUUUAGUCCUCAACGUAUUGUAUCAGAUUAUGAACCCGCUAUGUUGCCUAUUGUUCAACAAGAAUUUCCUGGUUCAAUUCAUAAUGGAUGUAUGUUCCAUCUUCAUCAAGCAAUACACCGGAAAAUUAAAGAUUUAGGUUUAGCAACUGAAUAUUUACAUGAUGAAACAGUUCGUGAUCAAUGUCGGCAGCUGAUGGCGUUAAGUCUGCUGCCAAAAGAUCAAGUUGAGAGUCAAUUUCAACGCUUACAAACAACGACGUCACCAGCAUUAGGUGAAUUAUUAUUAUAUUUUAAACAUCAGUGGAUGUAUGGCGUUGUUCCGCUCGAAAUGUGGAACUUCCAUGAUGUCAUUCAUCGUACAAAUAAUACUUCUGAAGGUAAAUAA